AUGUCCUCACCACCUUGGGACUACAUCGCCAAGCUUGUCUGCAUAGGCGACUCGGGGUGCGGCAAGUCCAGUCUCACAAUCCGCCUCUGCGAGGGCCGCUUCUCCCCGCACCACGACGUAACCAUCGGCGUCGAGUUCGGCUCCCGCAUCGUGCCCGUUGGGCCCCCUCACUCCCUGCCACCGCCACCACCAGCCGCCAUCCCGACGACCGACGACGAUGCCGCGAAUCCUGCCUCCACAACACCCCCAGCCAACGCACCGGCAAAACCAGAAGGCCUGCCCGAACCCCGCCGGGCGCCCCCGCCCCCCUCCGCCGCCGACGCCCCGCCCCCGCAGAAACACAUGAAGCUGUCCCUCUGGGACACGGCCGGCCAGGAGACGUACAAAUCGGUGACGCGGUCCUACUUCCGCGGCGCCUCGGGCGCCCUCCUCGUCUUCGACCUCUCGCGCCGCCAGACGUUCGAGCACGUCACCGACUGGCUCAACGACCUGCGCCAGAUUGCCGAGCCCGACAUUGUCGUCAUCCUCGUCGGCAACAAGGCCGACCUCGCCGCGACGGGCGACGGCGGCAGCGGCACCGACAAGCGCGAGGUGUCGCGGGCCGAGGCCGAGGCGUGGGCGCGCAAGAACGGCGUGCUCGAGUACGUCGAGACGAGCGCCAAGAGCGGCGAGGGCGUGGAGAAGGCUUUCAUGCGGGUUGCUGAGCGCAUCUUCUUGAACAUCCAGGCCGGCAAGUACGAUUUGAACGAUCGCCGGUCGGGCGUCAAGGGGCAGACGGCGGGCGGGAACAAGCAGAUCCGGCUGGGCGAUGCGGCCAAGACUGGCGGCGGGUGCUGUUAG